AGGUAUUUGGCGCUUAUCUAUGUCCACUAUGUGGAGGAAGACGUAUAAUUAUGAAUAUAAUCUCUUUUUCCAUUGGCGCAAAACAUGUCAGUACCUGGUUGAGGGUUCCAUACUCAAGAUGUUUGUCCGGCUUUCCGUUGAAUGUCCCGGCUCGGUCAACUGGCGCGAUAAGCUCGAUGUCAUCUUCACCAGGCUUAUCCGCUCUUUCCGACUUGGUAAUGUGGUGGGUCUCUGCCAACAUUUCAAUCUGGAAGGUGCUUCUGGGUUCAUUACUUACGUUAUGGGCACAGAAUGCCACGAUGAGCUUAUGGAGAAAUUGAAGUCAGUAUUUUUGCUUGUUGAAUCCUACUUGCAUCCAUCAAAUCACGGCAUGCACACACAGAAUUUGCUGAUGUUCAUGAAUAAACUUUCGCUAUGUUUGCUUUCUCGUGUGAAGCGAGAGCGAAUGGAGAAAACGUCUAACAAACAGCGUACUUUCAUCAAGAUCCCAUGUUCUAUGAGACUGUCGCAAGCUCAGCUGGACCAGUUUGUAACCCUCAUGUUGCCAUGCUUGAAGCUGGCGAUGUUUUCUAAAGCCAGAAAUGAGUUUGUCGCACCAAUCGUGAAAUGUUGCUGUAGCAUUAGUCCAAAGAUCGUACUGCCAGCAGUAAUGGAUAUAUACCCAGCAUUAGAGACUCUAACCGAACCUCAUCGUUUAUUGCAAGCUCUGCAAAUGGGAAGACAUUCCGUCAAUUUGAUGAAUUCGCUUCUACCAGGCCUCGAUCAAAAUGACAUGGGAAAGUGUUUGACAACCUUCCAGAUUGUGGGAGUUUUGGUCAAUCUGAUCCCGUUGGUUGAUUGCUCUGAAGCCAUAUUCUUACGCUCAGAUUUAUCCGAAGAUGAGAAAGAGCUAUGCUCAGCAACAGCUAACUUCGACAGUAUUAUCGCCAUGUUUAUGGACAAGUUGCUCUCAAUAAUGACCGAAUAUGGCGAAGCCGCAGUGUUUACUGUUUUCGAACUUGAGGUGGAUCAAAGCUUGAACGAAAUUAUUAAUGUCAUGGAAUAG